AUUAGUUGGACAUCACUUGAGCUCAUCAUUGGCUGACACAACAUGACUGACCCCUCGUAUGCCCGUACAUCGAUUCGAUGAAGAGUUAAUGGAUCUGCAGAACAACUAUCACAACGACUACCGACUCGACGGUUCGGCCACACCUUCAAUGGUGUCAGAAACGGGUCCAAUGAAUCCAUUGCCCCCUUCAGGCUAUUACGAGUUGGACACGAGCACUCAUCACCCCAUUCAGCCCAUCCAUCACACACUGAACCCGCAGAUGGUUGAGGACCCGUACGGCUACGGGAGGCGACCGUCGCCUCAGAUGCACUCUCCCGGCGGCGGAUUCUUCCAGACCUACGACGAGGCACCGCAAGGAUAUCUCGACCGACGGCCCUCUUUCGACGAUUACGCCAAUUACGGCGGUUCUCUUCACGGACCCCAAUAUAACCUGACGGCCGCACAACUGCCGCACACCGUCUACGAGGAGGAGACGCCAUACGUUGUGUCCAACUCUCAUAUGCCUCCCAUGCCUGCGAUGCCAGGCGUCGAACACCUCGUUAUGCCCGACGGCACCGGCGGUGACGUGAGAUUUAGGGAUCCGGAUCUGCACGAAGUGAUUGAGUUCCUCAACCAUCCCAACAACAUCGUGAGGGCCAAUGCGGCCGCAUAUCUACAGCACCUCUGCUUUAUGGACGACAACAUGAAGUCUAAGACGCGAGCGCUGGGAGGGAUUCCGCCGUUAAUUAACUUAUUAUCACAAGAAGUUCCGGAGAUUCAGCGCAAUUCGUGCGGUGCGCUCAGGAACUUGAGUUACGGCCGACAGAACGAUGAGAACAAACGGGCCAUUCGUAACGCCAGUGGCAUACCAGCCCUCGUGAGGCUAUUGCGCAAAACAGUGGACAAUGAGAUCCGAGAACUGGUGACCGGAGUUCUCUGGAAUCUGAGCUCUUCUGAAGAGCUGAAGCGACCCAUCAUUGACGACGCGCUGACUGUUUUAGUGAAUGUUAUUAUAAUCCCUCACUCGGGUUGGGAUCGCAGUAUCGAUCCCAACCUACCGGCGCCACCCGGCGUUAUGUCAAACGGCAGUGACAUCUAUUGGUCGACAGUCUUCCGGAACGGGUCGGGAGUGUUGCGGAACAUCUCGUCUGCCGGCGAAUACGCGCGACGAAAGCUACGCGAAUGUGAAGGACUGGUCGACGCCUUACUAUAUUUGGUUCGGUCGGCGAUCGGCAAGAAUGAUAUGGACAACAAGUCCGUCGAGAACUGUGUCUGCAUUCUCCGGAAUCUGAGUUAUCGGUGUCAGGAAGUGAUAGAUCCCGAGUACGACAAACACUAUUACGCCAAUCAAAACAACAACUCAAUGAGUCCGUCGUCGUCGCGAGCGGCGGCCAUAAUGGGAGGCAUUGGGAACAAAGUGGGCGACAAUUUGGGCUGUUUUGGGGGCUCUAAGAAGAAGUCAAAGGAGUCCUCCUCAUCGCUCACUUCUCCGUCGGCUAUUAGUUCUCCCAUUAAUACAUUAGACGCUAAGACACAGCAGCUGUCGAUAUCGGGAAAUAGUGGUGCGAACGGCGGUGUUCUUAGUCCAACGUCACCACCAGUUCCGCGACCGCGUUCAGAGCCGGCGCGCGGUAUGGAAUUGCUUUGGCAGACGGAAGUGGUUCAGCCUUACUUAGCCCUACUGUCCGAGUGCUCGAACCCGGAAACACUAGAAGCAGCUGCCGGUGCAAUACAGAACCUGUCGGCCUGUUUCUGGCAGCCGAGUGUUGAUAUACGCGGCGCCGUUCGCAAGGAGAAGGGUUUACCCAUUUUGGUGGAGUUGUUGCGUAUGGAAGUGGAUCGAGUGGUCUGUGCCGUCGCCACCGCUCUCAGGAAUUUGGCGAUGGAUUCACGAAAUAAGGAACUGAUCGGCAAAUACGCCCUCAAAGACUUGGUCUCAAAGCUACCAAACGGUAACCCACAGCACGACUCAAACGCCAGCGACGAUACGGUGGCAGCAGUUCUCGCGACUCUUAAUGAAGUGAUUUCUAAAAACCCCGAUUUCGCCAAAUCCUUGUUAGAGGCCGGGGGUCUCGAAAGGCUUACAAUUAUUGUUAAACAAAAAGGAAAAUUCUCGCCGCGAGUCUCAAAAUUUACGUCACAGUUACUGUUCAAUAUGUGGCAACACGUAGACCUUCGGGAGGUGUAUAGGAAGGCCGGGUGGAAGGAAUCGCAUUUUAUAAUCAAUUCGCGGACAUUACUCUCGCGCACCACUUCUUCGUCCACUCCUAACAGCGCUAACAACACAUUAACGCGUCCUAUGAGUACAGUUGGCGGUACGCGCUAUGAGGACAGGACAUUGCCUCGCAAUGGGGGCCGGGAUAUCAAUAUGAGUCAAUUGCACGGAAGGCCGGAAGAGUUAGCGCUGUCCGAAAUGAACCACACGGUCACAGACGGCGUACUGUCCCCUAACCAACAACAGCAACAACAACAACCAUUACUACACCGUCCACAGAUCGGAGGAGUAGCCGUCUACCCUCCCGGAGCGACUUAUGUCCGGAGCCCGACAUCAGAGCCCGUUUACGCUCAGGUGAACCGCGAACGCAAGCGACAGACGAGUCGACCCAAUGACAGCUCAUCGCAGACAGCUUUACUCGGAUCUGACAAUUACAUGGUUGACCACAACGAGCCCAUAUACCCGCCCACAAUGCCGGCCGGGGACUCAUGGGUGUAGCCACUCAUCAAACUCAUCGGAACUCUUUUACCAAAACUUCAUUUUAUGACAUUUUUAAACCAUUGUUUCAAAGAGAUUUGGAGUAAAUUACAAAUAAUUGGAAAGUAAUAGUUGUGCCAACAUUUGUGUAAUCAGUUUAUGAUAAAACAAAACUACUUUUUAAAAGAUAUUACUUUUUUCAUAUAACUUAUGUGCGAAUUCUUUUAGUUGUUUCUCUCACAAAACGCUCA